AUGGGGAUGGCAGUGAGCGUGGGGGACAAAGGGAGGUGGAAGAGACAGGGGGAACAAGAGAGGAUGGGGGAGAUGAGGGAGAGAAAAUGUGAUAACUCAUUGUUUAUUUAUCGCAAGGGGACUGACAUGGCUUACAUCUUGUUGUAUGUUGAUGAUAUAAUCCUGACUGCUUCUUCUAAUGCUCUCCAUUUGUCUAUAAAGGGUCUUCUUAGCUCGGAAUUUGCUAUGAAAGAUCUUGGUCCUUUGAAUUAUUUUCUUGGCAUUGCAGUGUCCCGACAUAAGGGUGGUAUGUUUCUUUCACAGCGCAAGUAUGCCGAACAAAUAAUUGAGCGGGCCGGAAUGUCCUCUUGCAAGUCAUCUCCUACUCCUGUUGACACAAAGGAAAAGGUUAGUGCUACUUCUAGUGCUACCUAUGAGGAUCCCACUCUUUAUAGGAGUCUUGCCGGGGGCUCUACAGUAUCUUACAUUCACCCGACCGGAUAUUUCUUAUGCUGUUCAACAAGUGUGCUUACAUAUGCAUGA